AUGGCUCCGCAAAUAGAUAACACUAACGUAACAUUAGAUCGAAUAUUGAAGGAAAAAUUUACCUCGGAGUUUCGUAGUGGUUACAUUACUGUGGAGGGUGUUUGUUUACCUGAACGUUAUCAACAUUUUGCAGAACAAAUCGAAAAUUUUGAGGUCAAAGAUGAUGAUGUUUGGGUCUGCACCUUUCCAAAAACCGGUACCACAUGGACGCAGGAAAUGGUUUGGUGUAUUGGUAACGAUUUAGAUUUCCAAGGCGCAAAACAAUUAUUGUUUGAAAGAUUUCCAUUCUUAGAGGUCUCAAUUAUCUACGACUUCGAAAAGUCCUUGUUGGAUAUACCAAAUUCAUUGAAUUCCGAGGUAAUGCAAAAUAGCGUGAACUUCAUAAAAAACCAACUCAGUCCAAGAUAUAUCAAAACCCAUCUACCAUUUCAUCUCCUUCCGCGACAAUUAAGAAUGGGUGAAAAGAAAGCACGCAUUAUCAAUGUCAUUAGGAAUCCAAAGGACACGUGUAUCUCUUAUUUUCAUCAUGGCAAGUUGGUUGAAGGUUAUCGAGGUGAUUUCGAUGAAUUUUGCCAGCUUUUUUUAGGAGGAAAACUUACCUACGCUCCGUAUUGGGAGCAUGUCCUUGGUUAUUGGAACAAAAAAAAUGACAUGAAUAUUUUAUUCUUAAAGUACGAAGAUAUGAAGUCUGAUCUUCCGUCUAUAAUCAAGAAAGUAGCCACUUUUCUGAACAAAAGGAUUACAGAUGACGAAGUGCAAACUUUAGCCACGCAUCUCAGCUUUGCGAAUAUGAAGAAGAAUCCUUCGGUGAACUAUAAAGACGCAAUUGAAAAUUACAAAAAAAUAAAAUUAACCAUCACCGAUGGUACAUUCAUUCGAAGCGGAGAGGUCAAUCAAUGGAAAGGAAAAUUAUCUCCUGACAUGGUCGAGAAAUUUGACGGGAUGACUAAGAAAAUAUUUGAUCCUGUUGGUCUUCAUUUUUUUUAA